UCUCUCCUAGAUAUGUAUCUUAACCGUUGAUUCCCGCAUGCGAUACCGCUAUCAGCGAGUAUUGGCUGUGAUAAGAGAAUUUGGUAGAAAAAAAAAGUUAUCAACAAUUUUAUCUUAACUCAAAGAAUCCAGCGCUUGGAUAAUAUCAUGAGUUGCUCAUGCCGCACGACGUCUUUAAGGGUCUUUAUCAAAAGCCUGACGGACUUGCGGCUGUCUCAUUCGACUACCAAGGCAACAGGAGCAAUCCAACCCCGAUAUACAAGAACAGUUGGCCUUCGGUCACAAUUCAUCUUAACCAGGCCAUAUACUGCCACUGCAGCCCUAGGCUUUCCACGACGAUUAUCGGCAUCGCUAACAUGGACCUCAUCGUCUUCGCCAACGCCUGCUACUCCUGAAGCCCCAGAACCUAAGAAAAAGAAAAGACACAAUCGUGCAGCAGUAAAUCAACCUAACAAACGGGUGUUGAAUACCUCUCCUCGCAAAUAUGAGGAGACAGAAAGUAGAGCCGCAAUCCUUGAAUUGUCGCCUGAGUCGAUAGACUCCCUCAUCGCAGAGUCAGAAGACGCAGAGUCAGAAGAGUGGUCGCCCCAGGAACGCUUACCUCCCAACCUCAAGUUUGGGUCCACUAUCCACGAUGAGUCCGAAUCGAGCCGCAAACCUAUCAGAGAAAGCUCUAGACUGAAGAAGUUGAAGAUCAUGGGAGGUAAAAGGCGGGAAGAGGUAAUGAGCCGUCCUAGAGCCUUCCGGAAGGAACACUGGCGGAUACAGAAGGAGGCGCUCAGGCGGAAGUUCCCGGAAGGCUGGAAGCCGCGCAAGCGGCUGUCGCCGGACGCGUUGGAAGGUAUCCGCGCUCUGAACGCGCAAUACCCUGGCCACUUCACGACGGAGGAGUUGUCGGACCAGUUCUUGGUUUCACCCGAGGCCAUUCGUAGGAUCCUCAGGACCAACUGGAAACCCUCGGCUGAGGAGGAAGAGGACCGCCACCGACGCUGGUUUGGCCGCGGCAGGAGUAUCUGGAGUCAAUUGGCGGCUCUAGGUAAUAAGCCCCCGCGUAUAUGGCGCCAUGAGAAGGUUGUGAGAGAUCAUAUGUGGCCUAAACGAAAGAAUCCAAGGAAGCAGCUGAAGCGGCGGGAGCGGCGGGAAAGGCGAACUUUCGAUGAGGAGGUUGCUCAGACCUUUAAGGAGCACCCUCUUGAGAGCGUCGUUGAAGACUCUAACCCGGAGCCCCUCAGAGAUGCCAAUGAAGAAUUCCACCAGAAGAUGAAGGAGCGCCCACGCCACCAUAAGAAAUUCAUGAAAGGUCACAGGAGCUUCGACAAGGGUCACAAGAAUUUCAAUAAAGAUCCUAAUCGGAAAUUCAAUAGAGAUUCUGGCAGGAAACUCAAUAUGGACUCUAAUAGGGAUUUUGUUAGGGAACCCAAGAAGAAGGCAGAUAAAGUUCCCGAUAACCGGGAUGCUUUUGAGAAGGCUUUUGAUGCGCGCUUUGACCCGGAUUCUGAUCGGAAAGCUAUUCGGAAGUCUCACUUUUAGUCUUGCUCUGCCCAAGGCUACCACCUAUGUAAAUAGUUGUAUUAUACCAUCCUGAAAAAUUUACCAUCUCAGACAAGACGAAGAAACUUGAUGAACUACUAUCCUUCAUUUCAUGCUUCUUUGGUUUCGAUAAAGAUUAGUAGUCUGAAAUGGUUCGUGGAAUAAGCAUAAUCGUUCAAAAUGAUCCCGAG